ACUAUAAAAGUUUAUCAAAGUUCAGGGUAUUAAAUCAGAACCCCAAAAAGAGAGUUAUUUGAAGAGAUUAGAAGGAUGAAAAUGAGUUGGUUUUCCUUAGUACCGCUGCUGCUUAGUUUAGCAAUCAAUAAUCUCUCAGAGGCUAGCCAUGGACAUAAGCUACGUUCUGCUGUUGUUUCUGGAACUGUAUACUGUGACAUUUGUUUCCAACAAGAUUUCUCAAAGGCCCAUCACUUUAUUUCAGGUGCAUCAGUUGCAGUGGAAUGUAAAGAUGGGGAUUCGAGGCCGAGUUUUCGACAAGUUGCGAAAACCAACGAGCAGGGAGAAUUCAAAGUUCGUUUGCCAUUCUCAGUUACCAAACAUGUGAAGAAAGUCAAGGGAUGUUCAGUGAAACUUGUGAGAAGCAGUGAGCCAUACUGUGCAGUGGCCUCAUCUUCAACAUCAUCAUCACUCCAUCCCAAGUCAACAAAGCAAGGAACUAAGGUUUUCUCAGCUGGGUUUCUGAGUUUCAAGCCAUUGAAACUGCCAAAUCUAUGCAACAAAAAACCAAGUGUUGUUGCAGACUCUAAGGAAUACAACACCCCACACACCUUGGAUUUUGAGCAACCAAACUAUCCCAUAUUUCCACCUCCGCUUGAAGACCCUGCAACACCACGGCCAAGCCCACUGCUUCCCAAUCUCCCACCAUUACCUCAACUCCCCCCUCUGCCACCCCUUCCAGGGCUCCCUUUUCCACCCAUUCCUGGAAGGAAUUAGACAACUAAUUCUCUGAUAUUAAUUAAUGGGUAUGAAAUGGCUAUUGAAAUCACUUCUUACUUUCUGUCCUACUCCUAUAUGAUAUUAGUUCACUAGUUUUCAUGUAAUACUCUAUUUCCAUUCCCUUUGUCUACCAGUUGAAAGUUAAUGUGGUCUAAGCAUUCAAUGGAGAAUCUUGAUCUGAAUAA